AUGGCAUCCACUAACGAAGUUGGACUUGCACCAGAUCGCGUUCGAAAUCAAUCAGGAGACAUUUCAGAAGAUCUACAUUGUUCGAUAUGUCAUAAUAUUUUAUGGAAAUCAGUCGCUUGUCAGACAUGCGAAACUCACUAUUGUUCAGUGUGUAUCAAAAAAUGGCUUCAUGAAGGCAGAAAUCAAUGUCCAGUGGGAUGCGAACCAUUCGUAGAAAGAGCAUGUUCUCGAUUUAUUGUUACUCCAUUAGCCAAAUUACAGGUUACCUGCACCUAUGAACCAAACGGUUGCCGCGAGAUUCUUCCAUACGAAGCGGUCGAAAAGCAUGAGGUAGAAUGCGGUUUUCAGGCACAAAGAUGUGCUGGUUGCCAUUCAUCGUUUGCUAAAAAGGAAAUCGAGCAACAUAAAUCUCAGUGUCCAUUGAUUGAAAUAACUUGUGAAGAUUGCAAAAUUGUCUACAAGAAAGGUGAUGCAAGUCAAAGUCAUACCGAUAUGAUAUGUCUUAAAGAACAAUUUGGACAGUUUCGUCAUCAAACGCAAGAAGAAAAUAUACAGUUAAAAGAAGACAAUCAACAGUUAAAAGAAGAAAUUAAAUUUUUAAAAGAAGAAUUGCAAAAACACCUUCAGGCUCCUCAAUCACAAUCAACAACAUCAGCACGAAAAACACCAUUAAGUUCAAGUGAAAAUAUUAAAUUUGCAUUUACAGAUAUUGAUAAACAACAAACACAAUUACAAAAACAAACAUUAAUAACAAAAGCAAAAACUUCAUCUGUUGAAUCAUCAUCAUCAGCUUCAAAUGCACUAUCAGAAUAUGAUAGUAAACCAUCAAUAUUUGGAAAUUUGAAUGGUACUUCUAAUACAUCAUUAUUUGGAACUUCAACACCGAUAAAUAAUCCUAAUAGUUCCAUAUUUGGCGGUAGUGCGUCAAUAAGACCACCAGCUAAUACUAGUGGCUUUUCAUUUUCUGGUUUUGGUAAUACAACAGCAAAAACACCUACAAAUGGUUUUCAAUUUUCUACACCUGGUGCAGCAUCAACAUCGACAACAAAUAUAUCAUCAACACUUUCAUUUGGAUCUGCAUUAGCAGCAGUAACAGCUAAUAAACCAAUCUUUGGUAAUACACCAAAAUUUAAUUUUUCUGACUUCGCUAAACAAUCAUCGACCAGUAUGAAUGAUAAAUCGACAAGUAAUGGAACUGAACAACGAGUUUUUGCUGGUCAAGGUUCACUUAUGUUUGGUACAAAUACAACUGUAAAAACUAAUACAAAUGAAGAUGAUGAAGGUGAUGGUGAUGGCGAAGACGAAUCAUAUGAACCAAAUGUUUCAUUUAAACCAAUUGUACAAUUAUCUGCUGUUGAAGUUAAAACAGGUGAAGAAGAUGAAAAUAUUCUCUUUUGUGAACAUGCUAAACUUUAUCGUUUUGAUGGUGAAUCAAAUCAAAUGAAAGAACGUGGUAUCGGUGAAAUAAAAAUUUUACAGCAUAAAACAAAGAAUCUUCAUCGCAUAUUAAUGCGUCGUGAACAAGUUUUAAAAUUAUGUGCUAAUCAUAAGAUAACAUCACAGAUGAAAUUAAGACCACAUCAAGGUUCAGAAAAUGCAUAUGUUUGGUCAGCUAUGGAUUUUGCUGAUGGUGAAGCUAAACAUGAAACAUUGUGUGUUAGAUUUAAAUCAAGUGAUAUUGCAAAAAGAUUUGUUAAACAAUUUAAUGAAGCUAAACAAGCAAAUGUUAAUACUCAAUAA